AUGAGCACGGAUUACGACAGGAAAUACAGGCAAACCAUAGAAGCCCACCGGCGCUACGGCUCUACCGGCUACCCUACCCCCACCCCCGCCGGCGGCAAGAAGGCGCACUUGGAUUCAAGCACCAAGCAAGACGUCCUGAACCAGGCCCAGGACCUGUUCGAGCAGACGUGCCACAAUAUAUGCCUGCAGAAGUUCCCCCAGGCCGGACCGAAGCAGGACUACUGCAUGAAGAUCUGCCAUCACAAACACCCAAACUCGGAUAUGAAUGAUGAUAUGGAUAUGGAUGAUGACACGAACUAG